CCAGAAUAAGGGGACCGACGCAAUUAAACUCAUAUAUACUUAGACUUUUCUACUUUGUUUUAAUUGUGAUAAGUUCCUUUUCUCUUUAUUGGAUUACGGAUAAGUUAUUUGACUUUUCUCAUUCCCUCCUCCUCGUUUUCUUUAAAUAGAGGCCAUGCAUGGUAACAUUUUAUGCAUCACUUGUUUCUCCAUAAUAAGAGAGUUUUAAGCAUUUGAAACAAAAAAAAUGGCUUCCAAGGCUUUGGUUCUGUUGGGUCUCUUUGCUGUUCUUCUCGUCGUCUCAGAAGUAGCCGCGGCAUCUUCUGCCACAGUGAAUUCAGAGAGUAAGGAAACUGUGAAACCUGAUCAACGUGGCUACGGUGACAAUGGAGGAAAUUACAAUAACGGAGGAGGUUACCAGGGAGGAGGGGGUAAUUACCAAGGAGGAGGAGGUAAUUACCAAGGAGGAGGAGGUAAUUACCAAGGAGGAGGAGGAAGAUACCAAGGAGGAGGAGGACGGUACCAAGGAGGAGGAGGACGAUACCAAGGAGGCGGUGGGCGACAAGGAGGAGGGGGAAGUGGGGGAAGUUACUGCCGCCACGGCUGCUGCUACAGAGGUUACAACGGCUGCUCAAGAUGCUGCUCGUAUGCCGGAGAAGCUGUUCAGACUCAGCCCGGUCACUAAAACAAUAUAUUAACCAAUCACCACCAUGCAUGUAUUGCAUUAUGUAUGUAUGAUUUUAAGUAAACCAUGGUGCGUUUGUAAUGAACUGCCUCAAGUUUUUGAGGCACUAUAGAUUAAGAAGAGAACUAUGGGAAUAAAGUUUGAUUAUGUAAUGUUUUAUGUGGUUUGAGUUGUAAUACUUGCUGUUUGCAUAAUAAAAUCGUUUGUAGUUUAUGUUAAUCUCUUUCGUUUUUUUGUAACAGUGUUAUAUCAUUAUACAUACGCUCAGGGUGGGCGAGAAAAAUAGAUGUAAAUAUGUCUCUGGCUGAGGAAUUACAUUUCAUAAAUGAAAAGACCAGACACCUAGAGACUCUAUUGAGGAUUUGUCACCAACAUUUCAAACUUCACUAAAUAUAUGAAAG